AAAAAUAUUUUAAUAUUAUUUUUUGCCAAGUCAGCAAACGCGCCCCCACGGGUACGGACAUUUCCACAAGGCCUCGGCGAAGCCAUAUAAAAUCCACCUAAACCCAGCAAAGGCCCAAACCCUCGCUUUCAUCACCACCUUUUUUCCGCUCUCUAAAAACACAUUUCAGAGUGAAAAUCUCUAUUAAUCUGCAGUCUACACCGAUUUACAGGCUGACACGUAACGAAUCAUUCGAUACUGAAUUUACCAUUUCAAAAUCGCGUUCAAAAAGUCGGAGGAAAAGUUUCCUUGUUUUUCGCCUGAGAAUUACGCUAACCGGAGUGUUCGGAAUGCCGCCGGCGGCGUGCGUGUUGCCUCAGGGAGAUCGGGUUGCUGUGAAGCCGACGUUCGUUCCCGCGGCGGUGCAGCUUCAGCAGCAGCAGCCUCAGGUUCCGAUGAUGACGCCUGCAUCGGAGGCGUUCGCCAAGGACGCAAUCCUCGCCUGGUUUCGCGGCGAGUUCGCGGCGGCCAACGCAAUCAUCGAUGCGCUCUGCGGACACCUGACGCAGCUCGACGACGGCGCGGCGGCGUACGAAUCGGCCUUCGCGGCAAUUCACCGGCGUAGGUUGAAUUGGAUCCCGAUUCUCCAGAUGCAGAGAUACUGCUCGAUUGCUGACGUGUCGCUGGAGCUCAAAAAAGUCUCGGAGAAGAAGAGCGCGGAGAACAGCCACGUGGACGCGAAGAAGAUUGAUCAGGUGGUGGCUAACGGUGGCUGUUGUACCGUGGAAAUUAAUCACAAAGAGAAACAGAGUGAGACGACGAAUCUGGAAACCUCUCUGGAGAGUAACGAUAACGGCGGAGGUGAGGUGGUGGAUGAAGAUUUGACGUCCGAUAUCACAGACACAGGAUCUCAAGAAGUGCAGCCCUUUUCAGAGCAUGUAGACAUAUGUUCCAAUCACGAACAGUGCGAGGCGCGUCGUGCUCAAAUCAAGACAACGAAAGGGUUUGUAGCAAAGGAGCCGCUGAAAGGGCACAUGGUUAAUGUUGUUAGAGGUCUCAAGAUACACGAAAACAUAUUCACCGAUGUUGAGAUGUCGAAAUUGAACGACUUUGUGAACGAAUUACGAGUUGCUGGUCAGAGUGGCGAUCUCUCAGGGGAGACGUUCAUUUUGUAUAAUCAACAGACGAAAGGAAAUAAGAGAGAGUUGAUCCAGCUUGGUGUUCCCAUUUUCGGGCAGAUAAAAGAUGAAGAAAGACGACAUAUUGAGCCAAUACCCGCUCUUCUCCAAGGUGUAAUCGAACACCUCGUUCAAUGGCGCUUGCUUCCAGAAAACAGGAGACCAAACAGCUGCAUCAUUAACUUUUUCGACGAGGGAGAAUAUUCUCAGCCAUUUUUGAAACCACCUCACUUGGAGCAGCCUAUGUCAACUAUCCUCCUUUCCGAUUCUGUAAUGGCUUUUGGCCGCAUGCUUGUAAGCGACGGUGAAGGAAAUUACAGAGGGCCUUUCAUGGUUUCUCCCAAGGAAGGGUCUCUACUAGUCAUGAGGGGGCAUAGUUCGGAUACAGCAAGGCACGUAAUGUGUUCAUCGCCGAAUAAGAGGGUUAGCAUUAGCUUCUUCAGAGUCCGUUCAGAGGUAGAGGUGGAAAGGAAUAUUCCAUCGGAGAUAAUAGCCCCUAUGUCUACAUCAAUGACCCUAUGGCAACCCGGUGUUCCUACACCGUACAAUAAUAUGCCGAACAAUUACAAGCCGAUGAAUAUGAUCCCCAAGUGGGGUCUCGUGCGGGCCCCAAUGGUAAUGUUGGCCCCCGUGCGUCCUAUGAUGGUGGCCCCGAGAAGGAUGCCCCGUGGUGGUACAGGUGUUUUCUUGCCGUGGAAUGGUGGAACAAGAAAGCACCACGCAAAGCAUCUUCCGCCACGCGCUCAGAGAGGGAGGUUUCUUGCUCUACCUUCCUCGUCUGACACGCGUAAAGCCACCACCGAGAUAGUUUCUGAUUCAGGGGUGAAUAGCCCUUAGAGGUCUUUUGCCUGUAAGUUUGUGUUUUUGUCAGCAAUCUUUCGGAGUUUUCUAAUGUAAGUUGGAGUCAGGUGCUGAAAAAAGGUUUGUGCUUUCUAGUUAGGUAGAGGUUUGUGGUUUGGUCCUGUAUUGACUUUCUUUUUUUCUUUCUCUUCCUAAGGAUGAAGUUAAAGGGUUGUGGUUCGUUUGACAAUA